GUGAAAAGGAGCGCGUCCCUGUAGUGCGCAGGGAAACUCUCUCUCGUCAGUCCCGCGAUGGCAAUGGAGAAAACCAGCGUGCAACAAAUUGAUUUGGAAGAGCAAGUUGGACAGAAGAAGAAAGGGCAGAAAACUUCGAUCAGCAUCCUAGACCCCGCAAUAUACAUCUCCAGGAGUCGCAAGGGUCUGGACGAUAUAAAAGACGACAAGAAUAUCAGCAACCUCGGAGCCGAAAAUAAGCCAGAGUGCGACUGCCUUCACUUUAGGGCUAGUUUCACACUUGAGGUCGAGAUUCGAGGCUUCGAGCACACUUCUCAACCGUACAAGAAAUUCUUUGACUCCAUCUCCAUCCGCUACCUAUACAAAAAGCAGGAGCACCAUUUGUGGUAUCCCGAGAGGGAUGAGUCUGCGGAGGCCGAAGUCAGUAAUGAAACUACAAAAUCCACGAGCAUCAAUGUUGGCAUAGCUAUGACUGGAAACAUACCAACCCCGGCUCCGGAAGUCCACGUGCAAAAAGACCGCAAACUGACUGUCACCCGCAGCAUGCGAAGUUGGCGCAAAGGGGUAUCUAUGGAGCAGCUGAAGGCUGAUAAGGUUCAGAGGUUAUCAAACGAUUCCGUCCAAGUCGUGUCCUCCGACGGACGUCCUGCAAGGCGCAGUUGCCCAAGGAACAGCACAGAGUACGCAGAGUCCGUGCAUUGGGACUACCAAGUCGAAUUGCAGAGGCACUGCUGGGUUCCCGAGAUAUAUGAGAGCGUCGCAAUCCCAAUAACGGUUGAGCGAAUCGUCAAGAUACCCUGGGACGAGGAGACACCUCGUCACAAGUUAAUCCCGAAAGGAUCGGAACCGCUCAGCGACGAUUAUCUGGACUGUCUCAUGCAUUUCGACUUCCAAAUCAGGACAAAACUGCGGGUCAUGACUCCUCGUUGCCCAAUUUUCAUCAACUACAGCAAACCCGCCGAAUACCGAUAUGAGUCCGAUACAGGCGAGCGUUUGCCGUCGGACCACUAUUCAGUCUGCUUGUUCGGCAACUGUACAAGACAAUACUUGCCUAAGGAGCCGACUAUCGACUUUAACAAAGCCGUAAAAGAGUUUUACAAGGCGACAGAAGGGGACGCGACACACAAUCUGGUUUUCCUGCCGUGCGACCUAGUUCUAGAGGAGGACAUCUUGUAUCCUGCGAGAAUGGCUGCUUUCGAAAAGCGGCGUGGACUUAGACAUGAUCAGCGCAAGAUGAGGGAUGUGAGGCUGGACGGGAGACGCAAAGGACUGAUAAAAGAGGUUGAACGCUUACGAGAGCUGUAUGCACAGCUACACCGAGAGCAGGAAACCCUGCUACGUUUCCCAAUUUCAACAUCUGAUGAAACCAUGGGAUCGGCGGUGCCGAAUGGCCAGUCGCUCCCUCAGCGCAUCGAGGCCGUUACGCGAGAAUGGAACGAAGCAAAGCACAAACUUGCGGAAUUCGAAGACCACUUACGAUUAGUCCACGAGCAGGACGAAAAGAGUGAUGCUGAAGAGGAGCCACGGCCAGCGGCGAUCAAACAGACACCUAAGCCACCCAGACCAAAUGAAGUGCUCGAGGAGCGUCCCGAGCGGCCUCCCCCUCACGAAUUCGUGGAGACCUGGUCCACUUCAGGUCCUGGAGAGGUGCUAGUGGACAGGCCCGUCCGGAGGCAAGAGGUUCAUUUUGGACCUUCUAUCGUGGUGGAGCCUGCGAGGAGGUUUGUGGCAGUAAGAAGACGGUGCAGGGGAGUAGGAAAGCCUUCUUCUCGGCCUUCUCCGGGUCCGUCUUCAUGGCUAUUUAGUUGAUCGAUCCGUCCCUAGGUAGUGAAUGAAGCGUGUCUCA